GGAAUUGCGAUAGUGGAAUUUGGAGUUUGGACAUCUAAAAACUAGAUUUGUUAUCUCUGUUUUACAGAGAUAACAUGUCUAGUUUUACAGAGAUAACAAAUCUAGUUUUAUCUGACACAUAAACUAUUGAAAUAUAGUUUAUGAACAUAGUUUAUGAAGCUUCGUCUUCAUGAACGAAUUGACUGCAAAAUUUGUGUGAAGAAAUCAACUGAUAUCGUGGGAUUUACACUAAUAUUUCCAGUACAGAAACGAUUUAUUUUUUAAUACCGUCAGUGGAAGAAAAUGUUGUUGAAUUACUUGUUAACCGUUGUAUAUGAUGGCAUUAAAUAUGUCAUUUAUAACAACCCGUACGUGCGGAUUAUUCGCUUGGGUUUUCACCCUAUGACAAUAUCUGUUCUCACAAUUUCUACUGGAUUUGUUGUCAUCUACAUGCCAUUUCGAGCCUUAAGUAACAGAAGACAAAAAAUGUUAUUGAGAAAAAAGAUCAAGGAAAAAUUGAAUCGAGUUUGUAAAAACAAGGAGAAAUUAGAACAAGAUCUUGUUUCAUCCAAGCAAAAUCAUCUCUGUUUACAACUAGAUGUCUCUGAACUUCUACAAAAACUUCAAAAUGGAAGUUUCACUUGCUUGGAAGUUCUCAGGUCUUACCAAGCCAAGGCAUUGGAAAUUACCAGCGAGUACAACUGUGUCACAGAGUUCAUCUUAGAAGCUGAGGAGUGGGCCAAAGAGCUAGACGCCGAAGCUGCACAUAGCGGAAAGAAAGGUCCACUUCAUGGGUUACCAUUCAGCGUGAAAGACAACGUUGGAUUGAUCGGCUAUGACAGUACAGUUGGCAUUUCCCAGUUUAUCAAUCAGCCUGCCAUCGAAGACGCUGCAAUGGUCAUUGCGUUAAAAAAGCUCGGAGCUAUUCCGUUUUGCAAAACGAAUGUUCCACAAACCAACAUGAGCUUUGGAUGCAGCAAUCCCAUUUGGGGACUGACCAAGAAUCCGUGGGACAAAGAGCGCACACCAGGUGGUUCAACAGGAGGUGAAGCAUGUCUCAUUGCUGCAGGGGGAUCCCCAUUAGGAAUCGGGACCGACAUUGGGGGGAGUGUCCGGCUACCAGCCGCCUUUUGUGGAAUAUAUUCAAUUAAACCGACCACUUUUAGAUUCAGUUCAAAAGGAGUUAAAAAAGUCACCAUAGGAAAUGUCGGAAUUACACCUGUUCCGGGGAUUUUGGCACGUGAUUCCCAUACUGUGGCAACAGUUACAAAACUUCUUCUCGAAAACAAUCACCUUCAAAUGUGUGGUGAUCCUGACCUCUUGCCCAUUCCGUGGAACGAACAAGCGUUCAUAGGAAAUAAGAAGCUUCGAAUCGGCUACUAUGAAGAUGAUGGAUUUUUUCCUACUACUCCUGGAAUUCGUCGAGCCAUUCAGAUCGCGAAAACUGCGCUAGAGGCAUCAGGACACGAUCUUGUACCGUUCGUUCCUCCGCGAGUCGACUAUGUUCUAAACUCUUUCAUUAGCAUUUUGACAGCUGAUCAAAGUAGAUAUUUACUGCAGGCACUGUCUAACGAUGACAUUGAUCCAGUUUUAAAACCGACAUUGUUUCUUUUGAGUAUACCGAAUGUCAUGAAGCGUCUCCUGCAGCCGUUGCUGUCAUUGUUUUCUACCCGAUUGAUUCCUACCUACUUAGGUCUUGGAGGAAACAGAAUCCGAGAAAGCCAUCAACUUUGGAAAGAAAUUACCAAGAAGAAUUUGUACAAAGAAGAAUUUUUGUCGUAUUGGCGAACGCUAGAACUAGAUUUGUGCAUCGGACCGUGCUUUGCCUGCCCGGCUCCUCGUUCGAAGGAUGUUGCCAAGCUUUCCCCUGCCCUCUCGUACACAAGCCUGUACAAUUUUCUUGAUUUCCCUGUGGGAAUCGUACCGAUCGACAGAGAAACAAUGGAAGAUCAAUCAAAGUUAAAUGUCGAGUACAAUUACUUUGACUUGGUUUGCAACCUUGUUAAAGCGACCACUAAAGGGGCAACUGGAAUGCCACUAGCAAUCCAAGUUGUCGGCUUACCCUACCAAGAAGAGAUGGUUCUUCGGGGAAUGAAAGUUCUUGAUACCACAAUUCACCAACAGUCAAGACCUUAGUAGUGCAACUUUUUUGAAACUGCAGAUGAAGUUUCAUGAAAUUUUGCGAGAAAGCAAUUUAAGUAGUCUUAUACUUUAAAAUGCAAUGAUCUAGAUUUAUAGCUUGGAUUUCAAGUAUAUUAUGUGCAGGAAUGCUGUUGAUAACUGAUUUUAAAAGGUACAUUUUCCACAAAGCUUUAUUAGCCGUUUUGUUACCCCUUCAUCUUUAGAAAAUACGUUAACGCCAAUCAUAAAUUUAUUUCUAGAUGAAACUGAAACUUAAAAAACUAAUAAUUAAAAUGGCGUAUUUUUUUUCUCGUAAAAGUAGUCUACGAAAUGUUUUGAUCUUGCAACGCUGUUAAUUUGCAUCAGAAGUAAGAACUACAGUAUUAAUGCGGGAUUAUGAAAUGAAAAGUAUCUUUAAUGCAAAGUCGCAUGUGCUUUAGUUUAGUAUGUAUCGUUCCCCAUCUGCUGUUAGGAUUACGGGUAAGCUUAAAUUGUAACGUUCUUGCGUACGGUGUUGAUAUAGUGUUAGCAAAAGGCGCUUGAAUCGAAUAAGGUGAAAUUUUGUAAUUCAUUCCUAUUCCUGGUAACUGAUAGUGGUUGUAUUCUAAUUGUGUAGGUUAAUUUCAACUGCUAGACAUACUUUGACAAAUUGGGAAUGUGAUUGACCUAUAUUGCCUAUGCAUUGUUCUAAGUAUGACAAAUGGAACCAUUGUGAGACCAAACGGCACAAAGAUUCAAUUACAUGUGGCUUAUCAGUAGGCUAUUCCUGUAAAUCUUGAAACUUGUAAAUCCAUGGUAAUAAAAGUAUUAUGACAAACUGAAA